UCAGUUUGACCAGACGGUCUCUGUCUCUAUUUUUCGAAAUUAUAUUUCUAUGCAUUUAUUUUCUUUGCUUUCAAUUUUGUAUAACAUAAUCGCACUGGCAGACGCUUCGACGCCGAGUUCGACAUGCGAUGUUGCACACCUGAACCCAAAUCGCGAUCGGAAGUUUAUCGACAGUCAACUGUAUUUCUUGACUUCUUGCAAUUGCUCAACGCAACUUGCUUUGGCUUCAAAUAACCUAAAAUCCUACAAGAUCAACUCAACUCAAUGGGAUUCCUACAUAGCUCUGUCGCAAUGGAAUGGCGGGGAGAAGAAUGAAGCGUGCUGGAAGUCGGUUGAUCGACAUUUUGCGUUCCAUUUUUGCGGGGUCUUUGGAGGACUCGAAAUCAAUCACGCUUGGGCUAUGCUGAAAGACUGCCAUGAGAGCCGAAAACAACCGACGUGCAUUUUAAAGUUUGUGGAGAUGCUGAGAGAUAUCGCUGAAAGCAAAACAACCAAAGCGUUCUGCCGUCGAUAUUAUCAUUACAUCAACAAUCGACUAACAAUAAUGAAUGUACCACUGGAAAAUUCCGAAUAUAUUAUGUUUUUUGACCAGAAACAGAAGCUGUUAGCUCUGAGAGUUGCGAAAUUUGCCGGUGAGGUUAAACCAGUAAUUUCACUCUCGGAGAUGGAAAAUGUAUUAAAUAAAUCUACAAUCGCUUGCUCCGAGUCCAAGAGAGCUGUAAAUGCAUGCGUUGUAGAAUUUUUCAUUUGUUAUACGAUGUUCACCGAGGCCAAUUGUACGGAAAAACACGAAAAUUGUGUUUCAAAAAGCAUGGCGUCGGCUGACUGCAAGGGAACCCUCACAUCAGUUUUAUGGAAUCGGAUUGAUGAUAUCUCUGCAAUUUUAUUUCUCAUUGCUUUCUUUGUUUUUGUGGGAGCUUAUGUUUUUUUUUCGCUCAAAAAGCGUACCGAGAAAAAGCGAAAAAUAUUGCAGGAUGGUUCUUUGGAAAUUUGAAACAUGGUGCGAAAAAAUUCUAAAAGUUCCAAUGUUUGCUAAACCUGUUUGAGUAAAGAUUUUUACUUCAAACAAAAGAAUUCUGACUUUUUUUACAUGUUUUUAAAGGAUUAAAAGGAUUAAAGGACGAUCCGUUUACCAAGUGCUAUGCACUGCGGAUCUGGGAUUCAGGUACACUCCCUGGUGGUGGUCCCAGGUCUUGCGCCCGCCGUAUUGCUGGCUGCGCUGUUUACAAAAGUGCUGACUGUUGUAAGUGUACAGAAUGAUGUUUUCCAGAACAACAUGCACAACGUUUGGUGUUUCUGCACUGCUUGGUCGUAUGAUGUCUCGUCAGGCAAUUUGCGCAUAACUUUUUGGUUCUGAUGAUUUGUCUGAAUUCUUCGCUCGUGAGCUCACAUCUCUUUGGAACGUGUGGUCCGGAGCACAUUGAACAAGUGGUAUUCUGGUUGAUUUCUGGUUGAUUGAAUCUGGUUGAUUGAAUGGGAAUGAGAAUGGCAGGAAUUGAAGCAUGCGCCCUUUCCUUGGCUUGUAAUGCUCUUCUACCCAUUCUCCUGAAAAUUUUUGAAAAUGUUGCUGUUUUUGUCAGCCAAUUCCCUUCAAAAUCACCUGGAUCUUGCUUCCCACCGCGACCACUGUUUCAAGUUGCUC